AUGGAUUCUGCGCCUCCAAGUCUUACUAAACCAACAUUCGAGCAUCUACGAGGAGACCAGCUCUUCUCCGGAAGCCCCGAACCCAGAAUUUCAUGGAAGUUUGCGUAUGAACAAGACACCGCUCCCGGGUGGGAACAAAAUGCAUACGAAAUAGAGAUACGCUCACCCGCCGGAAAUAAGCCAGAGGUGUUCCGUGUCGAGAGUAGCGCCUCUGUCCUUGUACCAUGGCCCAGGGGGGCACUCAAGUCCCGAGAAUCGGCGUUGAUCCGUGUCCGCUCUCGGGGCACCUCGAACAAGUCUAGGAACGACUCUCUAUGGACAGAAUGGUCCGAGACUGCAUCUAUCGAAACAGUUUUGCUCGACAAGCAUGCCUGGACCGCCCAGUGGAUUGCUUCCUCAUCCAAGCCUCAGCCGAAUGCGAACGGAUCGCUCCAGCCCCUGCGAUUCUACAAACCGUUCGAGCUACCAUCGGGCCCCGUUUCCAAAGCUCGGCUCUACAUCUCAGCGUUAGGUGUUUUCGAUGUUUAUAUCAACGGACAACAAGCCGGCGACGAGUUUCUGGCUCCUGGCUGGACCUGUUAUCAACAUCGCAUUCCCUACCGAGCUCUGGACAUUACAUCUCUGCUGGAGGCUGGCAAGCAGAAUACGGUCUGCGUCGAAGUCGCAGAAGGCUGGUAUUACGGAAGACUCGGCUUCAAUGGCGGGACACGAUUCAUCUACGGUGGCGAUGAGUUAGCUGUUAUAGGGCAAAUAGAGGCCCAUACCGCGUCAGAAGGCUCAGAGGGGUCGCCAUGGACGUUGACGACUGACGAUUCAUGGAAGUGCAUACCCAGCGCUAUCCAACAAAGCGAGAUAUAUGACGGGGAAACUUACGAUGCCAGGAACGAGAAGGAUAACUGGAAACUGUUAGGCCUUGAUGACACUGCCGGUCUCAAUCCAACCAAAGCCAUACCGCCCCCGAAGGGCGGUCUCUUCUUUGCCAAGGCGCCACCAGUAAAAGUGACCGAAACUGUCACUCCGAUCGACGUAUUCCGCAGCAAGAGCGGCAAAGCUAUCAUCGAUUUUGGGCAAAACCUGGUUGGAAAGCUCCUAGUCAAGAGCAUCUUCCUACCUGAUGGAGAGCGCGUCACAUUCAAGCACGCCGAGGUCAUGGAGCACGGAGAGCUAGGCACGCGUCCUCUACGAAUCGCCAAAGCCACAGACACUGUCAUCUCCGCCGGAAAGGAGAUCCAGAACUGGACUCCCCGAUUCACGUUCCAUGGUUUCAGAUAUGUCCAGGUCGACAACUGGCCAGGAGAGCUCCCUUCGAAGGAUGACCUCGUCGCGCAGGUCUUACACACGGAUCUCCAGAGGCGUGGAUAUUUCAACUGCUCCAACAAGUCAAUCAAUCAACUUCACAAGAACGUCGUCUGGUCUAUGAGAAGCAAUUUUGUUUCGAUUCCUACCGACUGCCCUCAGCGAGAUGAGCGCCUAGGUUGGACAGGCGAUUUGCAAGUUUUCUGUCCUUCAGCUAGCUUCCUAUACGAUGUGACCGGCAUGUUGAGUGACUGGCUUCAGGAUGUCGUCUCGGAGCAACUAGAGGAGGGUAGAGGCGGUAUCCCGCCGCUUGUGUGUCCCGACAUACUUCCCAAGAACUGGCCGCACAUGCCUCAAGCCAUCUGGGAUGACGUCACUGUACUCACCCCUGAGGUACUGUACAGAUACAGCGGCGAUCUUCAGCUCCUUGAGCAUCAUUUUGAAAGCAUGAAAACCUGGAUCGAUAAGGGAAUCGACCGUGGGCCGGAUGGUUUGUGGAAUGAGGAUCGUUGGCAACUUGGAGACUGGCUUGAUCCUCGUGCGCCUCCUGAGUUUCCUGGUGACGGACGCACCGAUUCGGUCUUAGUAGCAGAUGCUUAUCUUGUCCGCGUCACGGAUGUCUUCGCCCAAGUGUGCGGCAUUCUGGGCAAAGAUGACCUCGCGGCCAAAUAUGCGGAGGAUGCGGCAGCACACCGAGCUACCUUCCAGGACAAAUACAUCAGUCCCAAGGGAAAUCUGAUGUCCAACUCUCAGACUGGUGUUGCGCUUGCUAUCCAACAUGGACUCUACAAGGACAAGGCGCAGUUGGCAGUGGGAAAAGCCUCUUUGGACAGGCUUGUACGCUCCUCGCAUUUCCACAUCGCAACAGGAUUUGCCGGUACUCCCAUCAUCACACACGCUCUGACGGCAUCGGGGGCAACACAGCUGGCGUACCGCAUGCUGCUGGAGAAGACCUGCCCGAGCUGGAUGUACCCUGUAAGCAUGGGAGCCACGACUAUUUGGGAACGCUGGGACAGCAUGUUGCCUGAUGGUACCAUCAAUCCUGGAGAGAUGACAAGCUUCAACCACUACGCUCUCGGUGCCGUUGCGGACUGGUUGCACGGCACGGUAGCUGGCAUCAGCCCUUUGGAGCCCGGAUGGAAAAUAUUCAAAGUCAGGCCCAUCCCCGGGGGCAAUCUUACGAAUGCUGAGACUUCUUUUGACGGCCCUUAUGGCCUGAUCAAAGUUCACUGGGAGUUUAAAGACGGGAACUUCGAACUCAAGCUGCAAGUUCCCCCGAACUCCAAAGCAGUCGUUAUUUUGCCGUCUGAAACGAAUGAUAUGGACCCUUCUGCAAGUGAGUUAGUUGUUGGUUCAGGAUUCCACGACUUUUCGUGCGCAUUUAAUCCUGGGGAGUGGCCACCAUUACCUUUGAUGCCAGCGCACAAGAAGGCACCAGGUAUAAAUACAAUUGCUGUAUAA